AUGGCGACUAGAUUGAAUCUCACUAAAAUUUUAUUGGUUAUUUUGGUUCUACUUCUAUCAAUUUCAUUGGAGGUAGAAGCUAGAAGAAAAAUAUUACGAGGACGAAAAACUAUUAAUAGAUCAUACAUGAGAGAAAGUGCAGUACCACCUUUUGUUGUAGUAAUAUUGGUAGCCAUUGGAGAAAUAAUUUUUGGAGGAAUAUUAUACGUAAUAUUUAAAUUUUGUAUUUUGGAUAAACCAAUCAGUCCAAGAUAUCAAAUGGCUCCUAGGGAAGAACCAUAAUUAGAAAUAAUUCCUGAAAUAAGAAAA